AUGAACUUUGACGAAGAUGUACCUCCAGAGCUUGUCGAGGCUGAGACAGGCCUGCAAGAGGAGAAACUUGUCAAGGUGCCCAUCACCAUCGUUACUGGAUACCUUGGAGCCGGAAAAACAACUUUGCUUAACUACAUAUUAACUGCUCGGCAUGGCAAAAGAAUUGCUGUCAUCAUGAACGAGUUCGGUGAUUCACUCGAUAUUGAGAAGUCAUUGACGGUCAACAAGGGCGGCGAGCAAGUCGAAGAAUGGCUCGACGUCGGCAACGGCUGCAUCUGUUGCUCGGUGAAGUACCGUCCAACUACGGACUCCGGAGUCAAUGCUAUUGAGUCACUUAUGGAGAGGAAGGGUGCCUUUGAUUACAUUCUUUUGGAAACUACUGGACUGGCCGAUCCUGGUAACUUAGCCCCCUUAUUUUGGGUCGACGACGGUUUAGGGAGUACCAUCUAUCUCGAUGGAAUCGUCACACUGGUCGAUGCGAAGAAUAUUCUUCGAAGCUUAGACGACCCAUCAGGGAAAGUCGAGGGCCAUGAUAACCAUGGACCCCUCAUGACGACCGCCCAUGUCCAGAUUUCCCAUGCAGAUGUUAUCGUUAUUAACAAGUCAGAUCUGGUUGAACCUGCGGAGCUUAAGAAUGUCGAAGAACGAAUACAGGCGAUUAAUGGCCUUGCAAAGAUUCAUAUAACGAAUCAAAGCGUUGUGCCUCAACUGGAAGGCUUCUUACUGGACUUACAUGCAUAUGACCAAGUUGAGGCUUUGGAUACUGCAGGAAAGGGACACAGCCAUCUUGACCCUACUAUUUCCACGGUUUCUAUCAAUGUGCCGCCUUUAGCCCCUGGGCAACUUGAACUAGUUGAUAGCUGGAUAAGAUUGCUCUUAUGGGAAGGCCAAGUACUGGGAGAACCGACUAGCUCGACUGAACCUAUCGAAAUCCAUCGCCUAAAAUCCCGUCUAGUUUUUAAGGACGGCAAGGUGAAGAUGGUGCAGGGUGUUAGGGAGGUGUUUGAAAUUUUCGAUGGAGAACAAGCGUCCAAUGAAGAUGGUGUAGUUCCGCAAGCUGGGAAACUUGUUCUUAUUGGAAGGGGUGUGCAGGGGAUCAACUUUGAGACAAGCCUACUGAACGCAAUCCAAGAUAUAGAGAGCUAG